GUUGACGAGGCCUCCUUGCUUCAACUGCAGGAGGUGUCGCACUCAUGGGCUCUUGUCCUGAUGGGGCAUUUCAACCACCCAGAUAUCUGCUGGGAUAGCGGCACUGGGGGUGGCAGACAAUCCAGGAGAUUCCUGGAGUCUGUUGAGGAUAACUGCCUGGUCCAGGUAUUAGACGGGCCGACCCAAGGCGAAGCCUUACUGGACCUGGUGCUCACCCGUGCGGAGGAGAGCAUUAGAGAGGUUAAGAUAGGAGGCAGCCUGAGCUGCAGUAAUCAUGCCCUGGUGGAGUUUGUGAUCUGGAAGAAUGCGGGCCUGGCAAAAAGCAGAGUCAGGACCUUGAACAUCAGGAGAGCAAAAUUCCAGCUGCUCAAGGAACUGCUCGAUGGGAUCUCCUGGGAAAGUGGCCUUGAGGGCAUAGGAACAGAACAGAACUGGCAGCUCUUUAGGGACACCCUUCUCACCUCCAGCAGAAGAAACUGAGCAGAGGAGGCGGGCAACUGGCAUGGCUGAGCAAGGAUCUGCAGCUUAAACUGAGGGAAAAGAGGGAAAUGUACAGGAAGUGGAAGCAGGGUUGUGUAGCCUGGGAAGAACAUAGGAACGAUGUUGGCAUGUGUACAAACAAGAUUAGGAAAGCCAAGGCACAGAUAAAGCUGAACUUGGCGAGGGAUGUGAAAAAACUAACAAGAAAGGGUUCUACAGGUACAUAGGCAGGAGGAGACAGGCCAAGGAGAGUGUUCCCCCUCUGAUACACGAGGAUGGAGAACUGGCUUCCUCAGACAUGGAAAAAGCUGAGGUGCUCAGUAAGUGCUUUGCCUUGGUCUUCACUGGCAGUCAGGCUUCUCCCCAUGUCUGCCAGGACCCUGAAAAUAUAGGUGUGGGUGAGAGGAGUGGAUUCUGUCCCACUGUAACAGUGGAACAAGUCCAAGACCUCCUAUUGAAAUUGAACGUGUAUAAGUCCAUGAGGCUGGAUGAUAUCCAUCCUAGGGUUCUGAGAGAGAUAGCUGAUGUGGUUGCUGAGCCGCUCUCCAUCAUAUUUGAAACAUCACGGCUGUCUGGUGAAGUCCCUGGUGACUGGAAAAAGGGAAACAUUACUCCCAUUUUUAAGAAAGGGAGAAAGAAUGACCUGGGGAACUACAGGCUGGUGAGCCUCACCUCUGUGCCUGGGAAGAUCAUGGAGCAGAUCCUCCUAGAAGAUAUGUUAAGGCACAUACAAGACAAAGAGGAGAUUCAAGACAGCCAGAAUGGCUUCACCAGGGGCAGAUUGUGCCUGACCAAUCUGGUGGCCUUCUAUGAUGGAAUGACGGCUUCGGUGGACAGGGGAAGGGCAAAGGAUGUCAUCUACCUGGACUUCUGCAAAGCCUUUGACAUGGUCCCUCACCACAUCCUUCUCUCUAAAUUGGAGAAGUAUGGAUUCGAAGGAUGGACUGUUUGAUGGUCUAGUGGUUGGUGACCCUGCCUUUGGCAGUGGGCUUGAAACUAGGUGAUCAUUCUGGUCCUUUUCAACCCAGGCCAUUCUCUGAUUCCCCUGGGAGUUCCUUUUUUGGGGUAUUCAGGAUCCCAGUGACCAUCCAACAGAUAACUUUUUAAGAUAAUCUAUUGUAAAUAAGUACCUGGUUGGCUUGCCAAGUGUAACACUAUAAUUUAAUAGUAAACACAGCAAUGACAGCAGGGUAGCAGAGUCCCAGGCUGCAACCAGUGAGGUUAAGCCCAACUGCAGCAGUAAUGGAUGAAGAAACAAA